CAGCUUCGCCUUCGUUUGCCCUCGUUCGCAGCCAUUGUUGCGAAAAAAGGCUUGUUUCACAUCCUGAGCGUUUCGAUCUCUACAAAGUGUUUAGUUUGCCUUUACAUCGGCGAUUCUUGACCGUUUGUCGAGAUUCUCUCUUGAUGCAGGCACGCAGUGAACGUCGAUUGUAUCAAUCCUGCCGAUUAGCCAGGUUCUAACGAAGGCAUUGUGCGCUCGUCGCUUACUGGUUCUGGGCUGACCAACCAAGUUGCUGUCGCGUUCAGAAUGGAGAACGGCGACAAUGAUACCGGUAACAUCACGGACUCCUUCCUUGCUGCAAGUGGCCAGUACAUCGUCCACGAAGGAUCUUUAUCAGGCACUGAAGGCGAGGACGGUCUAGGGAUCGCUGGUGAUGGCUCUGACCAAGGUGACAGUCAGAAAGACUCCGAACCCCUACGGGAACAGGACCGCUUUCUCCCUAUUGCUAACGUGGCUCGGAUUAUGAAGAACGCAAUUCCUAAAAGCGGAAAGAUAGCCAAAGAUGCGAAGGAGUGCGUUCAAGAAUGCGUUUCAGAGUUUGUCAGUUUCAUCACCAGCGAGGCCAGUGACCGCUGCCACCAGGAAAAACGGAAGACCAUUAAUGGAGAGGACAUCCUGUUUGCCAUGUCGACUCUCGGCUUUGACAACUACAUUGAGCCACUGAAAGUGUAUCUGCAGAAGUAUCGCGAGGUGGCCAUGAAAGGAGAAAAGAUUCCUGGGGCCGCGUCUGCAUCAGAAACAUCUCUCGAGGAGCUUGCAGACGACUCUUUCCCUAACAUCUUGACAGCAGAGCAAGGCACACAGCAAAAUGUCAUCUUCACAACAACCUUCCCAACCCAGGAUCUCUCCUUUUAAGGUGUAGCCCAGCUGGCCAUUUCGACAGAGACAGGCUUCGCAAGUUGCAUCUGGCUCCACCUCCUGAUGUAUAUAUUGGGACGUUUCACAGUGAGAUUAACGUUAAUAAACGAGGAACCCUUUAUAGCA